AUGUCGGUCACUGACCCGCAGAGGAUCGCCUUGAUCGGCUUGGGAACCAUUGGCAUGUCCAUGGCCGCGUUGCACUUGUCUCGUGAGAAUGUGACAGUCGACGUAUUCGACACAAGACCAGAUUUCGACCAGUACCUUCUCAGCACUUUGCCAAAUUUCCUGGAUCAAGGCCCAUCAGCAGCAGUGGCUUCAUUGAUUGCCUCCGGCCGUUUACAUAUCCACACCUCACUAGAAACCGCCUGUGCGUCUGCCACAAUCGUUCAAGAGCAAGGACCCGAAAACCUCGAAUUCAAGCAGACCCUUUGGGCUCAAGUUGAAUCAUUGGCCCCACCAUCUGCGCACUUCUGGACCAGUACGUCUGGUAUUGCCGCAUCCGCCCAGCAACAAAAGAUGAACGACAAAACUCGCUUGCUUGUUGUGCAUCCUUUCAAUCCACCGCAUAUCAUGCCACUACUAGAGAUUGUACCCUCACCUGAUACGUCGCCAGAGCAGGUGGAGUUUGCGCGCGAGUAUUUCUCCGUUCCUGGUUCGAAGCAUCGACCUGUGGUACUUCAAAAGGAGAUAUCAGGGUUUGUGGGGAACCGUCUGGCAUUUGCGCUACUACGAGAGGCAUGCUAUUUAGUACAAGAAGACGUCGUGAGCGCAAAAGAUCUCGACACAAUCCUAAUGGCUAGUUUAGGGCCAAGGUGGGCGGGCAAUGGUGUGUUCGAAAGCUAUCAGCAAGGAGGUGGUGAAGGUGGGAUCCAGGCCUUUCUGGACAAACUAGGUGGCACUAUGCAGGUAGUGUGGGAUGACUUGGGCAAAGUAAAUGUGCUAGGAAGUGAGGAGACAAGUUGGAAGGACAAGGUGAUCUCGCAGGUCAACGAAGCUUAUGGGACCCUGACGCCAGGACAAGUCCGCGAAAAAGAAGAAAGGCUGAAGGACUUUGUGGCGAUACAGACCAAGAAGUACGGGCAUGAUGUAGCCAUGAGAGACUCGGCUAGGAUAAUGUAG